AUGCCCGACGACAUCACCCUUGAGAAGCCGCAGGACGAUCAGGUCGAGAAGAACCCCAAGGACCAUGUCGUCCUUCGUUCCAGUGCCGACGAAGUAGGUCCUUGGCGCGCGUUAUCCAAGUACAAGCGCGUCGUCGCUCUUAUGAUGCUCGCGGCGUUCUCCGCGUCUCUUGAUGGUUAUCAGAUCAACCUCAACGGCUCCAUUGUAGCCAACAAGGGUUUUAUUGCCCUCAUGGCGCCAGUGGGUUCAACCGUUAUCGAGGCGAAGUGGGUGUCCGCAUGGGGCGGCAUCCAAAGCGCUGGCCAGUGCAUUGGCCAAAUGUUCAUCGCCAUUGUCUCGGAGCGGCUGGGUCGGCGAGUCGCCUUGGGUGCCUUUUGGAUCAUGAUGAUCAUCUCUGUCGCUAUUGAGUCUAGCGCCAAACACCCAGUCGACUGGCUCAUUGCAAAGCUCUUUGCCGGUAUCGGUGUCGGCGCGAUGCAGGGAACGCUUCCGAUGUAUAUCAGCGAACACAGCCCGACCCAGAUUAGAGGUCUCCUGAUUAACGCCUACUCUUUUUGGUUUGUGGUUGGUCAACUGUUGGCACCGACUGCGCUUCUUCGCCUCAAUGUCACCCACCCGUACGACUGGCGCGUUGCCGUCUACACGCAGUGGGGCAUGAUUGGUCUCAUGGGCAUCAUCUUUGUCUUCCUUCCCGAGUCACCAUGGUGGCUUGUGUCCAAGGGAAAGCUGGACGCGGCCGAAAAGAUUAUGAAUCGAUACCGCGGACACAUUGAGGGCUUCAAUGUUAAGCAAGAAGUUGAGAUUAUGGCCGCCACAGUCGACGAGGAACGCCAGCAGGCUGUUGAACGCGGCCGCAUUGGUCACCUCGCCGUCUUCAAGGGCACCAACUUGAAGCGUUUCAUCAUUGCUCUCUGGCCCAAGUUCAUGCAAGGCUUCGUCGGUCUUACCCUCUUCAACACGUACGCAACGUACUUUUUCCAGCUUGCAGGCAACACAAACCCCUUCCGUGUCACAGUCAUUCUUGCAUGCGUUCAGUUGAUCAGUGUUCUCUGCGUGUGUGCAUUGACCGACACUGUUGGUCGCCGCCCGUUGACGGUUUAUCCUUACAUGGUCACAACGCUUUCCAUGUGGGCCUUCGGGGCCAUCGGUACCCAGAACUACAAGUCCAAGGCGCUCGGAUCGCUCCUCAUCUUUUUCGGAUGCCUUGCCACUUUCACUACUACGGCCGCGUCGGCAAUUGGAUACGCAUACCUGGCCGAAAUCCCAACGCAGGAUCUGCGUGCACGCUCCAAUGCAUGGGGCCAGGUGGUCGUAAACGCCUUUGGAGUCAUGCUCAAUUUUACCGUGCCCAUAAUGCUGAAGGGUGCCCCCAACUGGGGUGUCAAGACCGGUUUCUUUUUCGGCUGCACCGGAACCAUCGUCUGUACCAUUGGAUGGUUCAUUCUUCCCGAAGUUGCUCGUCGUACCCCAGCUGAAAUUGAUGAGAUGUUCGAGGCUGGCAUCUCGCCUCGCCAAUUCGCCAAAUACGAGACAGAAAUUGAGAGGGAGCUCAAGGUGCAGGAGGGCCACCAGGUUUAG